AUGGAAGACCUUGUCAAAGCCAUCCAAACAACUCCAAUCAUUGACAAUCAUGCCCACCCACUCUUGAUUCCCUCUGCGCAGGCUAAAUACCCACUGUUAUCGAUCACUACCGAAGCCCAUGGAGAUGCUAUGAAAGCUACCCCGUCAUCCUUGUCACAUAUCCGAGCCGUCAAUCAACUAUCUAGGGUUCUAAAUUGCCCUCCGACAUGGCACGACGUUGUCCAGACCAUCGAAGUUGAAAAAGCGAAACCCAACGAUGCUUGGUCAAGGCGGUGUUUCGAAGGCAUCGAGACACUUCUAAUAGAUGACGGAUUAGACGGCAAGGAUGAGGCUUUCGAUUAUGCGUGGCAUGAUCGGUUGACAAGGGCGAAGUGCAAGAGGAUAGUGAGAAUCGAGAAAGUUGCCGAGGAGAUCAUCAAUGAGUGUCUCAAACAACCUGGUGCCUCGUCGGAGGACAUGUUCUUGACUUUCCUCUCCGACUUUGACAAUGCAAUCAAAGAUGCCGUCCUUGACUCAGAAGUUGUGGCCUUCAAGUCCGUCAUUUGUUAUCGUACUGGCCUGAACGUUCCAUCGCAGCCACCUUUACCGUCUGAAGUUAAGCAAUCCUUUCUGCAGAUCCUCUCUAAUCACAGGGCUGAAGGAGGUUCGCAUUUCAAACGACUAGAUGGCACGCUUCUGAAUGCUUUUCUUGUCCACGCCACCGCUUUGAUCAUCCGGAGCUCGAAAACUCCACACAAGAAAGCGCUUCAAUUUCACACUGGACUGGGGGAUAACGAUAUUACUCUAACUCGAUCUUCGCCUUCCCAUUUGCAAGAGUUUAUUCGACGUUAUCCUGAGGUGCCAAUCGUUCUCCUCCACGCAAGCUAUCCCUGGACUAAAGAAGCAGGAUACCUAGCUAGUGUAUAUGAAAAUGUUUACGCGGAUAUCGGAGAAGUCUUUCCGUUUGUUAGUCGACAGGGGCAAGAGGCUGUGGUUCGUGAAAUUCUGGAGCUCUGUCCCAGCGAAAAGAUUCUCUGGAGCACAGACGGGCACUGGUUUCCAGAGACGUAUCUACUUGCCGUUAUUCAGGUUAGGGAAGCUUUGGAAGCAGUGCUUUCGGAGUAUAUACGGAAAAAGGACCUGACUGUCCCUCAAGCCGUGAAAAUUGUACAGGAUAUCCUCUUCAACACGUCAAACAACUUAUACGAUCUCAAGCUUCCCCUGAAACCGUUUGCUAUUGCUUCAGCUCUCGAUCUUUCGUCCCCACAACACUCUGAUUUGAAUCUCCUAAGGUCGUUUUUAGAUGAGCAUCCAUCGACUAAGUUCCUCCGCCUUCAGUUCCUGGAUUAUACGGCAACACCGCGAAUGAGAGUAAUUCCUAUCAGGCAUGCUUUGAGUCUACUUCAGACACAAAGUAGUCUCACAACAGGAAUUUUAACCGCUAGCCUUGGGCUUCUCCAAAACGAUACCAUUAUACCCGAGGUUAAUGGUACGGACGAGUAUAGACUGCAAGCAAUCUUCUCAUCAAUAAGACGCGGCCCUGCCAAAAACUAUGCUUCUGUUCAAGGCGAAUUCCGUGGACAAGAUAAUUCCGAAGUAACGCUCUGUCCCCGUUCUAUCCUUCGCCGCACAGUCCAGAACUCAAAAGCUCAGGGUCUAGAAUUCCUCCUAGGUUUUGAGAUAGAAGUCGUUUUCAUGUCUCCCGUAUCGGAUUUCAAGCCUGGGUAUACUGCCAAUUCGUCCUCAAAGGGCCAUGCCUGGAAUUCGGCUCGAUCUCUGCAAGAAAAGGCUCUGCUGCCCAUGCUCGAGGAGAUAUACGACAGCCUGUCUAGUUCGGGAAUUUAUCUUGAGGCAUGGCAUCCAGAGAGUUGCGCCGGCCAAUAUGAGUUCGUGCUCCCUGCUCUCCCUCCUCUUGAAGCGGUGGAUACAUUACUUCACGCCCGUGAUAUCAUUGCAACAGUUGCAGCAGGUCAUUCGCUGCGAGCAACGCUAUUUCCCAAACCUUUCCCAGAAGAAGCCGGAACGGCCUCUCACGCUCAUAUCUCAAUCUCGUCUCCAAAUGGCGAGGAGAAAGAGGUAUACGAAUCUUUCUAUGCUGGAAUACUGGACCACCUUCGCGCUAUCAUAGCAUUCACGUACAGUAAUCCGGAGAGCUAUGCUCGUAUGCUUGACAGCCAUUGGGCAGGAGGUCGAUGGGUGACGUGGGGUAGCCAGAACCGGGAAACGGCGCUGAGGAAGAUUGCGGGGUCUCAUUGGGAAAUCAAAGUUUUGGAUGGUCUUGCGAAUAUGUAUCUGGCGAUGGCUUCUAUUAUUGGAGCUGGGACGCAUGGCAUUUUGGCCCACCAAAAGUUGAAAUGGGGCGAUUGCAUGGAAGACCCCGCGAAAUUGUCCUGGGAGGAGAGGCAUAGGCUGGGGAUUAGAGAGGGUUUGCCCAAAGAUCUUGGGGAGGCUUUGACGGCCCUGGCCGAAGAUGAGAUACUGUGUGGCAUCCUUGGAACGGAGGUCGUUGAGAGAUACAUUUCUGUUAAAAGGGGGGAGGAAGAGCUACUGACAAGCAUGAGCGAAGAUGUCAGAAGGAACUGGAUCAUCGAGAGAUACUAG